AAUAAUGAAUCAAAAAAAGAUACAAUUGAAUGCAAUCUAAGCGAGCUCCGGGGAAAUCUAGAGAUAUGUAGAUAAAUAGAUUCAUCGUAUCAUCUGUGUUACAGAGAAACCCUAAAUUAUAUUCUUCCUUGUCCUGCCUCGUACCGCCAUCCUGCCCACCACAGUAAUACAAUGAAGCAAGGCACCAACGACGCCGAAAACACUGAACACAUGUCAUCGUUUUCAGAUCUCGGACUCUCGGAGCUGAUAGUGGACAAUUGCCAUAAUUUGGGGAUUCGAACUCCGCGGCCCGUGCAACAACACUGCAUCCCGAAGGUUCUAGAAGGGCGUCAUGUAAUUGGAAUCGAUGAGACUGGUAGCGGCAAAUCGACAGCUUUUGCGCUUUCUAUUCUCCACCGCCUCGCCGAGAAUCCUACUUUUGCUGCAUUUGCUCUCGUUUUGACGCCCACGCGCGAUUUUGCUUGUGAACUGGUGGAUCAGUUUUUUGCCCUUGGCCACCCGUUCCGCCUCCGCGUUGCUGCGGUUGUGGGUGGUUUUGACAUUCGUAGUCAAGCAAAACAUUUGCUCACCAGGCCUCACCUUGUUAUCGCCACUCCCGGGAGGAUCAAUGUUUUGCUUCAGAAUAAUCCUGAAAUCGCUGAUAUGUUUGCUGCGACUAAGUUUCUUGUCUUGGAUCAAGCAGACCAACUCCUGGAUAAUUUUAAUGAGGAUUUGAAAUCUAUUUUUCAAUACUUACCAAAAAACCGGCAAAAUAUCUUAUUUUCAGCAAACAUGACUACUAAUAUGCAAAAGUUGUGUGACACUUAUCAAGAGAAGCCGUAUGCCUUUCAAGCUUACGAAGGGAGGGUUUAAGUUGCUUCCGCAUUUUGACGAUCAACCAUCAUUUGUGCUAAAUGUGCUUUUUAUUGAUUUAUGCUGUCUUAGUGUUUUUCUUAAUGCAUGUUUUUAUUCACCUUUGCCAGAAACUUUUUUAAAUUUAUUUUGUUAUGUUAUGUUUAGCUUUGUUUUUGCCUUUUCGACCGCCCUUUUUUAUUUUUAUUUUAAUGUUUAUGUGAUUCUAUCAUUUGAUGUUGUAUUUGUA